GGCGCUGCCCAUGCGAUCACAGAUGCCAUAGAACAUAUACAAUGUUGAGUCCUCUGACUAUUCAUAUGGGCCAUACCAAAACAUGGCGAGGAAAUAAGUUUAUGCACUAUAUUUGUCGGAAAAUUACUUGCCUAGUCAUUGGUACCAACUACAAUAGCUAAAGUAUCUAUUUUAGAAGUACGAACCAGCUCCAUGACGCGUAUCGAUCGAGGGUCAAUUGGGACUGCACAGAAACUGUUUGUUUUUUCACGGUCGGUACAGGCAGUGCAAGGCGCGAUCACUGUCAACGCGAAAGGAAUGAAAGUUUGUGUACGGAUAUCGAACAUUUGACGUCGCUAGCCGUACAUUCCACAUUGAUCGCGCUGCUCGCCAUUUGCUACUUCAUUUGUGGAACAUUUUAAGUAUUUGCCAGAUGGGAAUUGCGAGUAGUUAUAAUCCAUGUAUAAGUACAAUAAAUCUUAUUUUUGAUUUGUGCGUGGGUAGCUAGCUAGCUAGCUAAUAGCGUUCAUGUUGUGGCAGACUGAAAAGUGACAGCUCUGCUGCGGACCACCUUUGUAUUACGCUGUUAUUAUCUAGCCUGCUAAUUUAGCAAGCUAGUUAUCUACUUGUUUAAUCUCACAAACAUUAACAUUAUAAUUGCAUUGUAUUUGUAGUUAGAAGCAUUCGAAUUAUCUGUCGACGACCUUCAAACAGCAUAUACGCAGUGACGUUAUUGCCAAAAUGAACGCAGUAAGAGAGUGCAGCACACGAUUGGGUCUCUGUAACGCAAUUGAACUUAGUAUGCUAGCUAGAUAACUGCGUUUUACCUUGCCAUUUUUGCAACCAUUUGUUUAUGUUAGCUAGUUAAGCUAGCAAGUCAAGUCUCAUCAGGGAUUGAUGUUCUGAGCGGGACUUGACAGCUCAGGACACAGUUAAGUUAAACAUUGGGCCACCUGGAUUUUCUACUGGCUGCUGCUUUUAUUUUGUAGCUAAAUUAUUAGCUAACUAACGUUAGCUACGACUUUUGCCAGCAUGUCUGAAAACGCCACCACACGAAGCUUGGAUGACAUAGACCUCGCAGCUUUGAGGGACCCAGCAGGGAUCUUUGAGCUGGUGGAGGUGGUGGGAAAUGGGACCUAUGGACAGGUGUACAAGGGGCGUCACGUGAAGACAGGACAGUUGGCUGCAAUCAAGGUGAUGGACGUGACUGAGGAGGAAGAGGAAGAGAUCAAGGCUGAGAUCAACAUGCUGAAGAAGUACAGCCAUCACCGCAAUAUCGCCACCUACUACGGAGCCUUCGUCAAGAAGAGCCCACCUGGACAUGAUGACCAGCUCUGGCUGGUGAUGGAGUUCUGUGGGGCGGGCUCAGUGACAGACCUGGUAAAGAACACCAAGGGCAACUCUCUGAAGGAGGACUGGAUCGCUUACAUCUGCAGAGAGAUCCUCAGGGGCCUCUCGCACCUCCACCAACACAAGGUCAUCCACAGAGACAUCAAGGGCCAGAAUGUGCUGCUGACAGAGAACGCAGAGGUCAAACUCGUGGACUUUGGGGUGAGUGCUCAACUGGACAGGACCGUGGGGCGCAGGAACACCUUCAUCGGCACACCUUAUUGGAUGGCCCCUGAGGUCAUCGCCUGUGACGAGAACCCCGACUCCACCUAUGACUACAGGAGCGAUAUCUGGUCCCUGGGGAUCACAGCCAUAGAGACUGCAGAGGGAGCUCCUCCUUUGUGUGAUAUGCACCCUAUGAGAGCUCUGUUCCUCAUCCCAAGGAACCCCCCUCCCAAACUCAAGUCCAAGAAGUGGUCUAAGAAGUUUAUAGACUUUAUAGAGGGCUGCCUGGUGAAGACGUACACCAGCCGGCCAACCACAGAGCAGCUCCUGAAGCACUCGUUCAUCCGGGACCAGCCCACGGAGCGCCAGGUCCGCAUCCAGCUCAAAGACCACAUCGACCGCACACGCAAGAAGAGGGGCGAGAAGGAGGAGACCGAGUAUGAAUACAGUGGCAGUGAUGAGGAGGAUGAGAACCGUGGGGAAGACAGGGAGUCCAGUACCUCCAUCCUGAAUGUGCCGGGUGAGUCGACGUUGAGGCGGGACUUCUUGCGUCUUCAGCAAGAGAACAAGGAGCGCUCGGAGGCUCUGAAGAGACAGCAGGCCCAGCUGGCUGCUCAGCGUAGAGACCCAGAGGAACACAAGAGACAGCUGCUGCACGACCGACAGAAACGCAUCGAGGAGCAGAAAGAACAGCGCCGCCGCCUGGAAGAGCAACAGAGAAAAGAGCGAGAGAUGGUGAGACAGCAAGAAAAGGGCCCCCAUCGGAGACUUGACGAUAUAAGGAGGGAGGAGGAUAGGAGGCUGGCUGAGAGGGAGCAGGAGUACAAACGUAAGCAGCUGGAGGAGCAGAGGCAGUCUGAGCGUCUGCAGAGGCAGCUGCAGCAGGAGCAUGCCUACCUGGUGUCCCUGCAGCAGCAGCAACAGGACAAGAAGCCCCAGCCCCUCUACCACUACAGCAAGAACCUGGAGCCCAACAACAAGCCCGCAUGGGCCCGAGAGGUGGAGGAGCGCAGUAAGCUCAACAGGCAGGGCUCACCCAAAAUCUGCACCACUGUCUCUGACACUGCCAUCCAAUCACGCUCCGACUCCAUCAGCCAAUCCGGAGGGGGCCAGGCUACUCAGACCCCGCCUAUGCAGCGGCCUGUUGAACCUCAGGGGGGACAGGGCAAGUUCCAGAUGGCCCACUUGGUUCCGCUGAAGCCCUACGCUGCCCCUGUCCCCCGCUCCCAGUCCCUGUGUGACCAGCCCACUAAGACCAUGUCCGCCUUCCCCACUCAGGACCCAUCCCCUACCCCCACCCCCCGCCCCGUCCACUCCAGGGAGCUGGUCCGACAGAACUCCGACCCCACCUCCGAGAGCCCCGCCCCACAGCCUCGCACAAGGGAGGACCGCGGCCCCUUGAUCCGGCUGCCAGAGAUGGAGCAGCCGCCCAAGAUUCCCCAGAGGACAGCCUCCAUUGCCACAGCUCUCAACACCAACCUCUCGUCUGGCAUCAGGCAUCCAGUCAGAUCCAGCAACCCAGAUCUCAGCCGCAACGACCGCUGGGAGAGAGGAGAUAGCAUGCACCUUGUAUCCAAUCUGCCCCAGACUGGCUCUCUGGAGAGGCACCGCAUACUCAGCUCCUCCAAAAUGGACUCCCCCAUACUAGGCCAUGACGGGCGCAUGAAGGGGCACAAGCCAGGGGAGUCUCGCACCUCGUCCCGCCCCAGUCGCCCUGCUGACCAUGGGCUGUAUGCUAAGGAGCGCCCUGAGGAGCAGCCCAGACCUCCGUUGAAGGCCAACGACUACUCUUCAUCCUCAGAAGGCAGUGAGAGCAGUGAGGAGAGUGAGAGUGGAGAGGGGAAUGAGGAGGAGGACAGCCCCACAGACCGUCCCCGGGAUGCAGACUCUGACUCAGUCAACACCAUGGUGGUUCAUGAGGAGGAGGGGGAGGGAGGGGAGGAGGGGCAGGCUGGAGGCUACGGGGACCAGACCAUGCUGGUGCAGAGGACACCAGAGAAGCGGAGCCACAAUGGAUACACCAACCUGCCUGACGUGGUGCAGCCCUCCCACUCCCCCACUGACUCGGCCUCCCACUCCUCCCCUGGGAAAGACUCUGUCUAUGAUUAUCAGUCCAGGGGUCUAGUCAAGGCGUCAAGUGGCAAGUCCUCCUUCACCACCUUUGUCGACCUGGGCAUGUACCAACCACCAGGCCCUGUGGAUGCCAUCUCUGUGGGCAGCCUGGGCUCCAGGUUUGAGCAGCUGAAAAUGGAGGUGAGGAAAGGCUCCAUGGUGAAUGUGAACCCCACCAACACACGCCCCCACAGCGACACCCCCGAGAUCCGCAAGUACAAGAAGAGGUUCAACUCUGAGAUCCUCUGUGCUGCUCUCUGGGGUGUGAACCUGCUGGUGGGGACAGAGAACGGUCUGAAGCUGCUGGACCGUAGUGGUCAGGGGAAGGUCUACUCCCUCAUCAACUCCCGCAGGUUCCAACAGAUGGACGUCCUGGAGGGACUCAACCUGCUCAUCACCAUAUCAGGUAAGAAGAACAAGGUGCGUGUGUACUACCUGGCCUGGCUGAGGAACAAGAUCCUUCACAAUGACCCAGAGGUGGAGAAGAAGCAGGGCUGGACCACUGUAGGGGAGAUGGAGGGAUGUGUCCACUACAAAGUGGUGAAAUAUGAGAGGAUCAAGUUCCUGGUGAUAGCUAUGAAGAACGCGGUGGAGGUAUACGCCUGGGCUCCCAAGCCUUAUCACAAAUUCAUGGCCUUCAAGUCUUUUGGUGACCUGCCCCACAGGCCCCAGUUGGUUGACCUCACAGUGGAGGAAGGACAGAGGUUGAAGGUCAUCUACGGCUCCAGUGCUGGCUUCCACGCUAUCGAUGUCGACUCUGGGAACAACUAUGACAUCUACAUCCCAGUGCAUAUCCAGAUCCAGAUAAUGCCCCAUGCCAUCGUGUUCCUGCCCAGCUCAGACGGCAUGGAGAUGCUGCUGUGCUACGAGGACGAGGGAGUCUACGUCAACACCUACGGACGUAUCAUCAAAGAUGUGGUGCUGCAGUGGGGCGAGAUGCCCACCUCCGUUGCACAUAUCUGCUCUAACCAGAUCAUGGGCUGGGGAGAGAAGGCCAUAGAGAUCCGUGCUGUGGAGACAGGCCACUUGGACGGAGUCUUCAUGCACAAGAGAGCCCAGAGGCUCAAGUUCCUCUGUGAGAGGAAUGACAAGGUGUUCUUUGCCUCUGUGCGCUCCGGAGGCAGCAGCCAGGUCUACUUCAUGACCCUGAACAGGAACUGCAUCAUGAACUGGUGAAGCAACAUAGUCCCAUACACAGACACAAAACACUCAUACACAUAUAUACACACGCACGCGCGCUCGCCAACACACAAGCAUACUGUAAAUCCAUUCCAGCCUAAAUCUUCACGACAAAGAGUCCAUCUCACCUGCCAUCUUCUGACUCCCCUGAUCUGAUUGAUCUCCCUCUGGAAUGGUAGCUACCUAUGAGACAUCACUACAGGCUUCUAAUGUAAUAUCUCUACUUUGUACUGUAUAUACUUGUCCUGUAGUAUUGUACCUCAGUCACUUGGUGCGCCUGUGUUUAGUUGUAACUACCGUAGUUAGUUCCUUCUUAUUGGGGGUAUGUUAAAAACAUUCCUUCCUGGUGAAAUACAUUUUAAAGAAAGCAAGAUUCAACCAAUAUAAGUCAAUAUUGAAUUGUAAAUAGCCAGUAUCUAACAUGUUUAAAUGGAAGAAAACAUGGGUAGAUUGAUGUCACUGGCAGACGUGUAUAUAACGCCUCCAUUCAGGGUGUGACCACUGACCUGAUAUAUAUACUGCACUGGCACACCCUAAGGUAUUGUUGCAACACUCAAAAUGCUAAGCUUCAGAUUCACUAUGGUUUAAUUAUUCAACUCAUCAUUCAAAAAGAAAAAUUGGUAUUUGAUUAAAACUUGAUUUCAUGUUUUUAUUUUGAUGUUUUUUUUGGAAGGAGGUUUUAAAAAAUUAAAUAAAUAAAAACUCCUAGGAAGACAGACUAUCCAUUAUGUGAACAUAGUAACAUUCUAGUCCCUAGUAAAAUGGAACAUAUUGCUGUGUUCUAGCGUCAUGCUUUCUAUUUCUUUAUUCUCCCCGUGUUUCAUAUCGGGGAUGGAGCUAUUUACCAUUUUAGGAGCCUAUCGAACAGACUUAAGAUAUUAAACUUUUCUCUUGUCAAGAAUUUAAACUAUCACUGCAAACAAUUGAUAUUAUCUGUACUGUUUCUGUAUUUGGUAUUAGCCUAACUGGCAUUCUUACUUUUACUCUACUGUUAUAUUGCAAUAUAUAUGCUGUUCUAGUGCAGUUCUUGUUCAGAGAGGGGAGUUUAGGUUGAAUUAAUUUGUUGUGUGUAAAAUGUACCAGAGGUAGGCAGUGAGGUGACUUAAGAUGUGGGGGUUGAGGGGUGAUGAAGUAUGAAGGUUUUGAUGUGACCGUAAUAUAGAGGACAUAGGAAUUGGGUGAGCGAGUGAUGUGCUUGUUAGAAUAUUAUAAUGGCAGCAGGUGUCCAUGAUCCUUACCUGGGGGAUAGUGCUGGGGUUCAGGCUCUCAUCUGGCGGCUGUAAUCCAGUGAAAAAUAGUUCCCUCUUGCUAGAUCUACUCUGUCUGUAACCUCUGUUAUCGAUGUAUUUUAUGUUCAUUGGUAUGGAUCUUGUUACGUUUGUACUCAGAGAUGUUGGUUUGUAGGGAUAGGGCUGCAGUGGAUAAUACUGAGCUAUCAGUGUGGUUCCAAGCAAUAGCUGUGUGAUUCUAGAGCCAGUGUUGAAAUCCACUGACUGAUGCUUUAGCAGGCCCAGUUUUGUGUCAUAUUUGUCACUGCAAUACUGAACCAGAGGACUCAAACUCAUUGGGAACUUUCAUUUAUCAUCUUACUAAACUAGUUGUAAGGCAACAAGUUGUUGGAUAUAGUGUAUUUGCUAUUGUUUUCCCUACCAAAGUUCCCAAUUGUCCUCUGGAAAUACAUGAAUCUGCUUUGAUUCUUUUAGAGAUCAGGGGAAAUGCUUAAGCUGUGGGUAUGUUAUGUAGUUUAUGCUAAAUGAAUGUUAUAAAUAUAUUUAGUAAAUAUAACAUUAAAUAUAUAUUAAAAUAUAUAAGGGAGUAAAGAACAGAAUCGAUUGACACUUUUAGUACAGUUACAAUUUGUAUAUUUUACUCUUAUGUGAGCAUGCUUGCAUGCACAUAUCUGAGCCAUUCAUCCUGUAUCACAAUUCCGUAUCAAUUCUUAGAUUAGUUUAUCGCUAGCCUAGUGCAUUCAAUAUCAGCUGUGUGCCAUUUGUGACUGAUAUUGCAAAUGUCACAUUUUACACACACUCAACAAGUAGCUCUGGCAGCUGUGAAAAAGUCCUCUUUUCUUAGUUAGCCAAACUGCCAUGUUUACAGUUUAAGCAGUGCCUUGGAGUAGAGAAGGGGCUGGGAGAUGGGUGUUGGGAGGGGGGUGUUGGGGGGGUGAAUAUGACCCUCCACUCAAUCCUCUAACUCUGAACUUCAUGAAGAAGAGGUGUUACUGACAGACGGAUCAAAAUAAUAAAUAGUUGCCUCCCUCGUUAAGAAUGGUGUUCUGUGCCAAUUAAGUGCACUUAAAUAGAAACCAGAACAUCCCAAUAUGUUUCAACAACUUUUAAUGUUUUACAUUGUCAAUGAUUAUAUAUUUAAUUCUGUAAUAAUAACUGCAAUGUUUACCCACUGCUCUUUAAACAUUGAAUGGACCAGUUACAGGGAUUGUGUCUGUUGCCACCAUGUGGAAGAGGAAACAUUCUCUAGAGAAUUUCAACCAUCGUUAAUUUCAUGCAAUUUCAUUCAAUGCAUACAAUCUGCUUGUAUGACACAUUCAUGUGACUAGAAUAUAGGCACAGGGAGAAUGUGCAGUUGAUGGCAGCAAACCAAUUUGGAAUGUAGAGAAUGAUAUGCCUAUAAAAAUGCAUCUCUCUUGAUAUGAUGGUUCUCUAGACAGUGGGAGGGGGGCCAAAAUACCAUAGAAAAGCCAUAUGCUACUUCACAUUUGUUGCGAAUAGUUUUAAUAGUAUUUCAUAUGUUCAAAUGAAACUGAAGCCAGUGACCUGGGUUUUGUUAUGUGGUGUUAGAGGGGCUAGGAACAUGGUGAUAAAGAAGCAGGUUUUUGCUGGUGGUCAAGUGUGUGGACUGGCUGAGAUGCAGUGGGAAAGUAACCAACUUAAUAUAUUCUGAAAGGACUAUUUUAUUAAAGGAUAUGUAAAUGAUAUUGAGAGAUUUAAAUAAAUGAAUGUAUAUCUAUAAAACAGAUUUCUAUAACAUACUUUACUGUCUGGUAUAUUAAUUAAUCUAAGCACAAUGUAUUCUAAUCUACAGUAGAGAGGGGAAAGCUAUGAAUGUGGGUGUGUACGUUAAGACUGAAUGUUUGGACUGUUUUGGUGGGUGUGACAGAUGCAUGAGAGUGAUGGCUGAGCUGCAUGUAUUUCCAGUGGAAGUACAGAUUCCUCUUGAUACAGCCUAACUAGUAGUCAUGCUAUUGGUUGAGAGGGAGUGACCAGUCUAUUGAGGACAUGUGCUGUUCGAUGCAGGAGUAGCCAGCUGAGACAGAAAGGUGGGUGGAUGGAGAGGGUCAACAAUUUGUCAUCAAGUGUGCCAUCUAAUUUUUGUAUAGCAACAUUUCUAUUGUCAAUCCUAAAUAUAAAGUAUCAGUCAAGUGUAGUGUUAUGACAAAGUUGUAACAGUAAAAUGGGCUUUGUUACAUUAAUCAAAUUUUUCAGCCCCACAAAACAGGCAUAUCACGAAGGCUGUCUUUGCCAUAUCAAACGUUGACACUUCUCCUUCAUAAGCAAUAUGAGUGUUAAGUUGAGUUCUCUGCUGUCUCUGUCUGUGUGACUUUGGUGGGAGGGUGUUUAUCGUGGCCUUUAGCAAACUGAAUGUAAGAUGGACGGUUUGUCUGUGUCUCAUAAUUGAGAGAUACCCAUACACUGCUUAAUCUGUUUUUUUGUCUUAAUCCCAAGAAAAUAUACCUUGUAAUCCAGUCAGCAUAAUACACGAACAUCACUUUAACAGUUGUGAUGCUAGUUUUGCAUUGAUGUGUUUAUCCAGUAAUUGCCUUUAUGAGGAGGAUCAAUAAAUUCAUGAUAAAUGAUAAUACAUGAUAAUCAGUUGGGUGGGUUUCCUGCUUCUGUGUAGUGUUUUAUUACCUUCCUCUUGCUAUUGAGGCAAUGACCUGCUCCACCCAAUGUAGUCACACACUAAUCAGACACUCCAUUCACAUAUAUGAUAUAGUAAUACUGUACAACAGGGCUUUUGCCCUAGUACUACACAUCUGAUUCAAAUAAUCAAAGCUUGUUGAUUUGGUUAUUUGAAUCAGCUCUGUACUGCUAGGGCAAAAACCAAAAUGUGCACCCAGGGGUGGCCCCAGGACCGAGUUUGGGAAACCCUGCUGUACAACAUAAUCUUGGAUCUUGUAGAAUAAGAUUAAAGUAUGAAUGGAUUUGUGGUUUUUAAUAGGUGCUUGUGGGAACCAGUACAGGUGAAAGUCUGAAAGCUGAAAAAGCUGAUAUCUUUGGAUGGGUCUAUAAUCUCUUCUUUUUUUUCUCUUUUUUUUCAAUCUCUUGUUUUUGAGAAAUGAAAUGUCUUUUACCAUGUUUGUUUAGUGUUUCUGUUUUGAGGGGUUAACUUCAGAUUGUAUUAAAUAGACUGAUGAACUUUAAUAUUUUAAAAGAUUGUGUUGAAUGAACUCAUGAGUCUGUAAAAGUCUUGAUGAAGAAUUGUUUGAAAAAUAAAACUAUAUUGAUCUCAUCUUAAA